AUGGAUGACAUCAACUUGAGUGCUCCUUCUCUAAUGGAUAUUUGGUCGAAAAGAGUCUACAAGAAUGCAACCGAUGGCUCCUUCGAUCUACCAGACUUGGAUUUCGCAGAUGUUUCGAUAAUAUGCUUGGAUCUCAGUGAUGAGCGCAGUUCAAUAAUUUACUCAUUCGAAGCAUAUUUGGACAACCCCUUCACCUUCUCCCUCCCCACCGUUGUGUUGCAAAUAGUCCUUAUCACGAUCAUGUCUCGUGUCAUUUACUACAUCCUUCGUCCCAUCAAGCAGCCUCGUGUCGUCUGUGACAUUAUAGCCGGGAUCCUCCUAAGCCCCAGCCUCAUCGACCUCAUAUUCCCAGAGUACCUGUACAUCAUGUACCCCGACAAUGAAAUGCACAUCAGCCGAACCUUAGCCGCCUUCGGCCUCAUGUUCUACCUCUUCCUGAUCGGCGUCAAAAUGGAUCCCAAAAUCGUAUUAAAAUCCGGUAAAAAGGCCAUCUUUAUUGGAUUAUUCAGCUCACUCAUCCCUUUCAGCCUAGUCGGCACCGCCACUUACUUCUUCCGCACGUCCAUCGACGUCGGCAUCGCCCGCGGCAAAUUUCUCAUAUUCCUUGUCGCCGCCCUAACCAUCACCGCCUUCCCCGUCGUCUCCGACAUCCUCACCGAACUGAACCUCCUCAACUCCGAGCUCGGUCGCCUCGCAAUGUCCGUCUCGAUGGUCCACGGCAUCUUGGGGUGGUUCUUCAUGGCGCUUUUCACGGCGUUGAACCAAAGCCAGGGCGGCCUGAGCAAAGCCGCCAGGGCGUUGGGGUCAGUACUGCUUAUGGUGUGCGUUAUCGUGUUCUGUUUCCGGCCGUGGAUGCUUUGGGUCGCGCGGCGGACGCCGAAGGGCGGGAGAGUGAGCAGCCUGCAGCUGCAUGCGAUCGUGGUUAGCGUGAUCGUGAUGGGCCUGGUGAGCGAGAUGACGGGGGCGUCAUUUGCCGACGGGCCGUUGAUAAUGGGGUUAAUGGUGCCGGAUGGUCCGCCAUUGGGGACUGAUUUGGUGGAGAGGAUUGGGAAUAUGGCGAAUGAGGUGAUAAUGCCGCUUGUGUUUACAGCGGCGGGAGCGGUCAUGACGCCGUUGGUGGUGUUGCAUUUGAGGAGGUGGAUGGUGUUGAUUAUGCUGGUUUUAAUGGCGUAUGGGUCAAAGUUGCUAGCGACUAUCGGGCCGGCGAUGUACUGCAAGAUUUCCUUUCGGAAGGCGUUUAUAUUGGGGCUUAUGAUGAAUUUUCAGGGCGUGAUAGAGUUGAUUACUUACAUGAAUUUCCAGAAUGGAUCUCUGCUGGACGACGAGAGCUACACGUUGCUGGUAUUCACCAUCAUCGUCAUCACCUCCGUCGCUACUCCGCUCGUAAAACAUCUGUACAACCCCCUCGGCCACGAUCUCGUCGGCAGAAGAGACAUUCAGCACCUCAGACCCGACGCAGAGAUCCGCAUCUUAGCUUGCCUGCUCAACGAGGACCACAUUCCCAGCAUAUUAGGCCUCCUCGAAGCCGCAAGCCCGACGACUCCGAUCUGCGUCUACGUUCUCCACCUCGUAGAGCUGACCGGUCGAGCUAACUCCACUCUCAUAGCCCACAAGAACAAGAAGGGCUUCAUCAAUCCCAGCAACAUGGACCGCCUCCACAACGCCUUCAUCCACUAUGAGCAGAACAAGCAGGGGAUCGUCGCCGUCCAGCCCUUCACAACCAUCGCGCCUUUCAAGACCAUGCAUCAGGACAUUUGCUCGCUUGCCGGCGAUAAAAGCGCCGCUAUCAUCAUCCUCCCUUUGCCUGGCAAGGAUGCCUCCGGCGGCUUCAGUGAACAGGACCAGGCCUUCCGGACCAACAUCCCCCAUAUCCUUUCAAAGGCGCCAUGCUCGGUGGGGCUUCUGGUGCACAUGGGCCUGACCGUCACAGUGCUUUCUACGCCGGCGAACUUCCAGCAUCACAUCGGACUACUCUUCUGGGGUGGACCGGAUGACCGCGAGUCUCUUUCCUACGCGGCGCGCAUGGCGCGACACACCGGCGUAACUCUAACGGUCACCAGGUUCUUCUCAUCCAGCUCCAUGAGUUCGAAUGAAAAAGAGGCGCAGAUGGACAACGAGGUAAUCGAGACUUUUCGGAAGGAGAACUCCGACAAUCUACGCGCCUCUAUGAAUGAGGUCUUCGUGAACGAUAUGGAGCAGACAAUAUCGGCUAUCCGCAACUUCAGCCGCGUAGGCUACGACCUCAUCAUGGUCGGUCGCCGGCUUUCAUGGAAUUCGAUACUUAAUGAUGAGCUGGAGGAGUGGAGCGAGUUCCCGGAGCUGGGGGUUGUCGGUGACAUCAUCGCAUCGUCGGAUUUUGAGUCGGAGUUUUUGAUUCUCGUCGUGCAACAGGGGCCGUGAUUCCGCGAACGCUUUUUGGAUUGGCAAGACAAUACAGUGCGGUGAGACUCUCCUGUUGGAGGAAUUAUUCUUUUGCGGAGGUCGAAUACCGUCUAAAGAUCAAUCAGAAUGAACAAUAUCAUCCUCUACUCAGUAUCCAGCUCGGUACUGCGGCUCGGUACUGCUCGGUACCCAGCUCGGCAUUGCUGACGUGAUGCAUUUUGAUUGAUCUGCGAAAGAUAAACUCUUUUCGACGUCGGCUUAGAAUAAUUUCUCCCCUAGUUGAGAUCUCUUCACAAUUGUGCUUUGCUUUUGACUAUUUAGAUAUUGGUUAUAAAUUAUUAUGGCCAAAUUAUAA